AAUGGAGUGGGUGAGUUCCAAAGACCAGUCUUACCAAGUUUCAGAUAUCCGGACUUAAAGCGCCAGCUCCUUCCCGGUGUUCAGCCACUGUGUGGAUCCUCCACGGGGGCCUGCUGUGCACUGCUCUGAUGAGGCGUUCCACCGGGGCAAAUGCCUACCCGGGAGUGCUCUCAGGAUCCACAUCACUCAAGCUGGCCAGAGUCUCAGCCUCCCAAGGCCAAGGCCAAGGCUAAGGGAGGACAGGACAAUUGUCUCUCUCACUCUUGAACAAGAGAGAGCUCCUGGAUUCACCAGGAGAGCAAAUUUGACUAGCUUGGACUUCUGCAAGGUAAUUUGUUGUGAUUGCAUAUUCACGAGACUAAUACAAUCUUAACAUAAUUUAUUUAUAUUAAGGAGAUUAAAUAAAACCAUGGAUAUGUUCUUGAGUGAAAUUUUAUUUAAAAAAAAAAACGGAGACCUUUUCCAUGGGACCAUAUUUCUUUUGACACUCCUAGGAGGCAGGCAGGACCAUGUUAAGUGGCUGUUUUGCAGUGAAUGAUUCUAUGGGGAAACCCGAAUAAGAUGGUAAUGUAGGAAAGUGUCUGAUGCAGAACCUGUCAAUGACUAAAACUGGAAGACGCAAAGCAGCCUGCUAGUGUGGGAGCUGCAACAAACCAAAUCCCUUUUUUUAUUCUCAAUCAGAAGGAGGGACUUUCCAAGCUUGAUCCUCUAAGAAAAAUGGAUCCCCUCCUAUUUUCUUACCAAUUUUCAAUUUAUCCAGAAUGCAUACUUCUCAGUCUUCAGACUCCUGGCCUGGUCACCCCUUGAAAAUAUUUGGCAGCUCCCUGGUUUAACAGUUGCCUCGAAGUUGACAGCAACUCCAAAUCUUGCGGCUCAGCAGUACAGAGUCAUUCGUUCCACGAAGAGCUGACCAUUCCAGCUCACCUGACCUCGCCUCUCCUCUGGGUCCACUGCAUGUUAUCAAGGCCUUGCUCUCCUUCCUUGGAUCCGUCACCCCCUACCUGGCCCUCGGUAGCUCCUUCCUGGAUUCUGGCCUCACCUUGUUCCUAUCUUUGUCUUAACUCUUAACCUGGGUGUCCCCUGCACCCUGACAGCCACGUCGUCUUCUCCCUUCUCUUCUCUCACCAGCUGUCUUCUUGGUUUUUCAGUUCCUCUCUCUCAAGACCUGCACUUUCUCUUCAAGUCAAGGUCCAUGGCGCCCGUGGUCUGCAUUUGUACCAGGCUCCGGAAGCUCCCACGUGGGGACCGAGCCCUGGAGAGGAAACCACAGUGCAGUGGCUGCUGAAAGCAGAGGCCUGCGUCCCCAAGCCGCCUAAGCCCCCCACUUCCAUUCUCUCCUGCCUGUGUGCAGAGUCCGAGUCCCGCCUGUCCAUGUGUCACCUGGUCUUCUGUGUCUUCUCCGUGAGCUUGCAGGGGCACCCAGCCAGCCCACGGGCUCCCGAGACAGUCCACUCGCGCAGACGCACUGUAGCCAUCUCUGAAGAUUGCGUAGGGGAGACAGAUGGUUCACCAGAGCAAUCUGUGUCCAGCUCCUGUCCUCUCAAACUUAAUAAUCAGCUCAUGAUAUGCUUAGCAAGACCUGCCCUUCAUGAAAAUAAGGGUGAGGGUGGCGACAGUUUUAAACAUGUUUUAAAAAGAACAUGAGAUGAAGAAUAUUGGACUUCAAUAUUGGACUUAUUGAAGAAUAUUGGACUUCACAAAAGGACCCUCCUUUCCCUUGUUCUUUCUUCCCAUGGAGAGGAAGAAGUCGAGGCUGAGUUACCACGUCCCAUCAGUACUCACUUUUGUUCCUGACUUCGUCACCAAAGGCAGCUGGCUCCAGCUCUCAGCCUUUGAAGGAUAUUGUGACUGGGGUUUCAGAGUCCCAGGCUCCCUCCCACACAGACAGGUGGAGUGAGGCCACCUGAGAUCUCAGCUGCUAGGGCGGGUGCCAGCAGGCACACUGAGCUGCUGGGUCCUGGCCAGGCCCUCCUGUACCCCCUGAGAAAGUCUCCACAGGGCUGGGAGCUGUUUGUGCCAUCUCUCAGUGAUCCCAUAAAAUUGCUGCCUAGCCCUUCUGGUUUCACAGAUUUCACAUCAGAAAACUUUUUAUGAACCCAGGGCUAGUUCUGAAAACAGGAAGUGCUUUCAGCCCCCGUGGGAGGAGGGGGGUGCAGGAGGCCUGUGGAGCUGGACCUCUGGGAGCCAGGCUGGAGAACAGGGGCUGAAGGCUGAGUGGCCGCAGGGCCAUUCACACAACCAUGGUCUUUCCUGCGAAGCUUGUCAGGAAGAUUGGAGGUGCCAAGUAGCAGAGAAAGCAUCCCCCAGCUCUGACGGGGAGACAGCACAUGUCUAAGGCCCACAAGUCUUGGCCCCACCGGAGAAGAAAUCAAUUUUCUUCCCAACGCUCCCUGAAAAAAGAAAUGAAUUUCUUCCAGCAACAGCCACCGCCAUUCCGCACAGCGCCACCACAAAUGAUGUUUCCCCCAAACUGGCAGGGGGUAGAGAAGGACCCUGCUUUCCUCACCAAGGACUUCAACUUGCUCACUUUGAACAAUCAGCCACUACCAGGAAACACGAGCCAACCAAGGGCAAAGGGGCCCGAGAACAACCUGCACAGCCAGUACGAGCAGAAGGUGCGCCCCUACAUUGACCUCAUUGACUCCCUGCGGGCUCUGGGUGUGGAGCAGGACCUGGCCCUGCCAGCCAUCGCCGUCAUUGGGGACCAGAGCUCAGGCAAGAGCUCCGUGCUGGAGGCAUUGUCAGGAGUUGCCCUUCCCAGAGGCAGCGGAAUCGUAACCAGGUGUCCGCUGGUGCUAAAACUGAAAAAGCAGCCCUACAAGGCGUGGGCCGGAAGGAUCAGCUACCAGAACACCGAGAUAGAGCUGCAGGACCCUGGCCAGGUGGAGAAGGAGAUACACAAAGCCCAGAACGUCAUGGCCGGGAAUGGCCUGGGCAUCAGCCAUGAGCUCAUCAGCCUGGAGAUCACCUCCCCUGAGGUUCCAGACCUGACCAUCAUUGACCUUCCCGGCAUCGCCAGGGUGGCUGUGGGCAACCAGCCCCGGGACAUCGGACUGCAGAUCAAGGCUCUCAUCAAGAGGUACAUCCAGAGGCAGCAGACGAUCAACUUGGUGGUGGUUCCCUGUAACGUGGACAUUGCCACCACGGAGGCACUGAGCAUGGCUCACGAGGUGGACCCAGAAGGGGACAGGACCAUCGGGAUCCUGACCAAACCAGAUCUAAUGGACAAGGGCACCGAGAAAAGCAUCAUUAAUGUGGUACGGAACCUCACAUACCCCCUCAAGAAGGGCUACAUGAUCGUGAAGUGCCGGGGCCAGCAGGAGAUCAUGAACAGACUGAGUUUGGCAGAGGCAACCAAGAAAGAGAUUACAUUCUUUCAAACGCAUCCAUGUUUCAGAGUUCUCCUGGAGGAGGGGUCAGCCACGGUUCCCCGACUGGCAGAAAGACUUACCGCUGAACUCAUCACGCACAUCCAAAAAUCACUCCCAUUGUUAGAAGAACAAAUAAGGGAGAGCCACCAGAAGGCCACCGAGGAGCUGCGGCGUUGCGGUGCUGACAUCCCCAGCCAGGAUGCCGACAAGAUGUUCUUUCUGAUUGAGAAAAUCAAGAUGUUUAAUCAGGACAUCGAAAAGUUAAUAGAAGGAGAAGAAGUUGUAAGGGAGAACGAGACCCGUUUAUACAACAAAAUCAGAGAGGAUUUUAAAAACUGGAUAGGCAUACUUGCAACUAAUACCCAAAAAGUUAAAAAUAUUAUCCAUGAAGAAGUUGAAAAAUAUGAAAAGCAGUAUCGAGGCAAGGAACUUCUGGGAUUUGUCAACUACAAGACAUUUGAGACCAUCGUGCAUCAGUACAUCCAGCACCUGGUGGAGCCCGCCCUUAGCAUGCUCCAGAAAGCCGUGGAAAUUAUCCGGCAAGCUUUCGUUAACAUGGCCAAAAAACAUUUUGGUGAAUUCUUCAACCUUAACCAUACUGUUCAGAGCAAGAUUGAAGACAUAAAAGUGAGACACACAGAAAAGGCAGAAAACAUGAUCCAACUUCAGUUCAGAAUGGAGCAGAUUGUUUUUUGUCAAGAUCAGAUUUACAGUGUUGUUGUGAAGAAAGUCCGAGAAGAGAUUUUUAAUCCUCUGGGGAAGCCUUCACAGAAUAUGAAGUUGAACUCUCAUUUUCCCAUUAAUGAGUCUUCAGUUUCCUCCUUUAAUGAAAUAGGCGUCCACCUGAACGCCUACUUCUCCGAAACCAGCACACGUCUCGCCAACCAGAUCCCAUUUAUAAUUCAGUAUUUUAUGCUCCGAGAGAAUGGUGACUCCUUGCAGAAAGCCAUGAUGCAGAUACUACAGGAAAAAAAUCGCUAUUCCUGGCUGCUUCAAGAGCACAGUGAGACCGCCACCAAGAGAAGAAUGCUUAAGGAGAGAAUUUACCGGCUCACUCAGGCACGGCACGCGCUCUGUCAAUUCUCCAGCGAAGAGAUCCAUUGAAGGACGGCGAUGCCUGUGGUUGUUUUCUUGUACAUACUCAUUCAUUCUAAGGGGAGACGGUGCAGGAUGCUGCUUCUGCUUUCGGGGCCACACUCUUCUGUUACUAUCUGUGUCCAUCUCUACUGUGCUCCCUCAGCAUCAGAGCAUACAUCAGGGCUCCACACAGGCUCAGCUCUCUCCACCACCCAGCUCUUCCCUGACCUUCAUGAAGGGGUGGGUCUCCAGUCCUUGGGCCCUGUAGCACACAGUUGCAGUGUCCUAAGCUACUGCUCUCAUUCUUCACUAAUUUGCAUUUGUGUUCCCUUCCCCCUACAAGAUUAUAGACCCCAGAGUGGGAAGGUGCAGGUCAAAGUCUUCUUUUGUAUGUCCAGUCUUUUGCACAGCACCUGCAACAUUGUAACUGCUUAAUAAAUGACAUCUCACUGAA